UUAUAUGUGGCGGGAGGCGCGGGGCACACUACACUAGGUCGCCGGCGAGCUAGGCGAAGUCCCCCAGUCUCUCUGUCAGCCCGCGACUGAAACAACGGACCAGUCACCAGCCGUCACAAGUCAUGGCUGAUGCGGACGGGAGCAUCGUGGACGUACCCGACGUCGUGGACAACGCCCUUCGCCACAUCGCCUCAAAGCAGGGCUUCAAGAAACCGCAUUUCCAUGUGACGUCUGGGGCCCAAAAUCGUGAUGGCUACAUGAGCACACUAUUCCGCUGCGUCAUACGGGAUGAGGACUCGGCGGGGCCCACUGAGCUGAAAGUCAUGGUGAAGAUCUCCAGGGAGGGCAUGGAGACCAUGAUGGAGUGUCUGUUCGGCAUAGAGGGCCUGGUGUACGAGACCCUGUUACCCGCCCAGAAGGAACUGGCGGGUCUGCGCGAGCCGCUGCCCUGGCCCAAGUGCUACUUUUCGGACGUGAAGGGUAGACAACCUUACUGCCUUGUACUCGAGGACUUCGGCCCCGAGGGCUUCGUAAACGCUGACAGGAGCAAAGGCCUGGACGCGGCGCACAUGCGGCUUGCACUCGAACAGCUCGGCAAGUUCCAUGGCGCGUCCAUGGCCCUGGUGCGGUUGCGCCCCGAACUGUUCAAGACCAUCAAAGACCAGCUGCCAGUCCUCUUCCGUCUACCCGAGUUCUGCAACAUAAUGAAACCGUUCAUCGUUCCCGUGCCUUCGCUGCCAGGUCUUGUCGAGAGUAGGUAUCCCAAAGGCAGCCACGUGCACACCGUCUUGCGGAAGCUCUGUGACUCCUUCAAGGACACCUUCCCUCAGCUUAUGUGGCCGCUGCCUCCUGAGGACGGCCGCGGAUGCACGUUCGUCCACGGGGACUGCAUGAUCAACAACAUGGCCUUUAAGUACGAUAAGGACGGCGCGGUACAGGCGUGCAAGCUGUACGACUUUCAGGUCGGGUCGUACAUGGAAGUCGCCCAAGACUUCAUGUGGCUGUUGUUCUGCAACACCGAGAAGGAAAUGCGCGACGAGCACUGGGAGUCCCUGCUGCGGGGCUACAUCGACGUUGUGCACGACACCCUGCGGGCGUCCGGCUGCGAUGACCCCGAGGACAUCUACUCAUUGGACCUGCUGAAGGAGCAGCUGAAGCGCCUGGCGGUACCAGCGCUUUGCAUACAGCCCCUUAUGUGGAGCUUCAUGACGGCUGAUGACGAUCAAGUCGACGAGGUGCGCAAUGACAUGGCCGCGCCAGAGCAGUCCGUUUCAGUGCCUCUCCGAACGACGCCGAAGCUCAUCGAGCACUACAUCGGCCUCAUCGAGAACGUGAUUGACUGGGGCUGGUUCCCCACGGUCGAGGACAUCGACCGGUACACCGCGGAGGCCUGAGGCCGACCGAGGCACUACGGGGGAGGUUCUGGAGAGCGCGCUGGCCGUUCACUCCACAUUUAUAUGUAAUUUAUAGGGAGACACAACUAGGAGCGAGCUUUUCUUAUGGGAGCUCUUCUGCACUACUACCUCCUCAGCUACCCCCGCAACACAUGGGCCGGCUGGGUCCCGCCUAUCCCUUUGCGUGGACCCUCGGAAGCAGGUAGCCAAUCCACCACCGCAGCAACAUCUCCUCAGAAAAGCUCGCUCCUGGCUGUGUCUCUCUAUAAUCAUUUUCAAAUCGGAAUAAAACCAUAAUUCCCCACCGAA